AUGGCCACUGGAGUGAUGUGGUCCUUGUACUUGCUUGUGUGCUUCCAGUUCGGUCCGGCACGCUCGGAGUCGCGGGUACUUCAGAAGCUCGACACCGGCGGCGGUGGCGGCGAGAUCGCUCGCGCGCCGGGCGCUGCCCGUGCUCUCUCGUCCCCUUCCAUCGCGCACGAUGGCCGCCUCGUCGCCUGCUCCGGGAAGGACCUCCUCGGGUUUGAACCCAACGGGUCCUUCGCCUGGAUCGUUCCCCUCGGCCACAUGUGCAACGACAGCAUCAGCCCUGUAUUCGAGGGAGAGCAGGUGUAUCUGGUGGCAGAUGACAAGGUCAUAAAGGUCACGCCACAGAACGUGCACACUGCCGAGCCAGCAUUGGAGGUUUUCUUCAGCCACAAUGCGACAUCAGGGAGGUCCGAGGAGAUCAUUGGCCUGGCCAUCAGUGGCAGCUACUCGUCUCUCUUCCUCACCAUCAGAAAACGGGGACUAUUCGCCUUCUCGCUCCGAGGCGAGCUCCAAUGGAGCAUUGGGCCUGCACUUAAUUUGUUCGAUUACCGUCUUGGCUGCAAGAGAAACGUCUCUGGCUGCUAUUUCGAUUCAGCUCCUGUUCUUGAUCAGUGCGAGGGGGCACUUUAUAUAUCGAACACUGAAGGCCAGCUCUAUUCCCUAUACAUUGACAACCGUGGGAUCAGAUGGAUCCAAGACUUGAGUUCACACGGCAAAGUGAUGACAGUUGCACCAGGAAACAGUGCGUGCCUAUACAUCAUCUUUCCACGGAAGUCUAUCGUGGUGGGGAUUGAUGUUUCGACAGGAAGCAUUUCUUGGACGCAGAAUAUUGGUCCAAUCAGUAUUGAGAAAAACUUACCAACUGUCGAUUCCAAUGGUUGGAUGUCAAUUGGUUCGCUAGAUGGGACCCUCUACUCGAUUUCUCCUGAUGGUGACAUGAGAAAGUUUCUUGCCAAAACAGCAAAUGAUUCAGUGAUUCAUGUAGGUCCAGUCCUUGACUGCUCAGGAUUUUCCAUGUAUGUCGCUAAGACCAUAGUGGAAGGAAAAUUAAUCCAGACAAUUGGUGAUUAUACCUAUGUAUCGGCGAAGAAGCCAUCAUUCAUUUUGUUCACGUUGUUGGCUCCGGCAACUGGAACUAUUUACUGGACUGGAGAGUAUCCUGGGGAAUUAUCAAAUUUGCUGUCCAGUAGUGAUCUGAAUGACUUCACCAUAGACGAGACUGUUGUUCUAACUCUUCUAUCUGCAGCAAAGACAGGGAUCAGCAACACCACGCAGUGCUACACAAGAAGGCAAAAGAUUGCUUGGACUUGCAGGCAAGCCAAAGCCAAGUUUGUGCAGGCUGAUCCAGGAGAACCUAGCUAUGUUCUAUUGUUGAUCUUCCUACUUGUGGUAAUCGUAAUACAAGCUGUAGCCAUUUUGUUUUGCUGCAUCUUUUGGAGGAAGAAAAGGCUCCAAGACAAUGGAUUGCAGAAGUUCCUGGAGAAGAGGCGCUCACUUCACAGCAAGAGGAGAAUCUUAGGAAAGAAGAUCUUGGAGCUCGAGCAGAAGGCAGCUGAAGAUGCCUCGUCAAAUGAAGCUUUGGGACAGCUGGGUGAAAUGGUGAAAGCCAAGGAAGGCGUGGAGAGAAAGCUGUACGGAUCAUACAGCCUUGGCAGGGACGAGCCCGGCUUGGAGCAGCAAGGCUCCUCCUUGCCACUGUACCAUGACAAGUACAGGAGUCAUUCGUUCCACAGCUCACAGAAAGAGAGCAUUACGAUUUUCAACAUGCUAAGUGAUACUUCUAGUUCAGAGGAUGGUACCAGUAGCUGCUCUGAUGAUAGCGAGAGUUGCAGUGGUACGAGCUCUGGAGAAAUGGAACUGGAUGAGUCUAAGUCAGCAGAAGAAGCUGGGCCUUCCGACACUGCAAAUGUUGAGGAGGGAGUUCAACAUGAACUAGAAAAACAGCACCAGCAUUGCAGCGCCCCAUAA